ACAGACACAAAGCCGCCAAUCGAGGCCAGAUUUGCAAUUACCUGGUGGAGCAAGACCAAAUCUUCCUCAAAAUGAUGGUUCAAACGAUGAUUCAAUGACCACAGAGCAAAUUGAUGCUCAUAUCCAUGACAUCAUCGAACAAAAUAGUGUAGAAGAGCUUGAAUUAUCUUUUUCAGCAAAAACUGAAUCCGGAAAGCCGUUAUCUCUCAAUACGUUGCCAGAAAGUAUGCAGAUAAUGAUGCGCGAGGCUCGGGAAAGGGCCAUUAAAGCAGGUUCUUUACGUUCUAAGUCUCGUAUUGGCCAGCUUGACGGCGAAGCCGAAGAUGAUGAGAAUGACAUAAACUCGGACCUCGAUGAUACAGAUGAAGAGGCUGAGGAUGGCGAAGGAGGGGAAGAAAUCGAACAUAUUAUCCUGUGUCUUUAUGAUAAGGUAACCCGCACAAAGAACAAAUGGAAGUGCGUUUUGAAGGACGGCAUCAUGCUGGUGAAUGGCCGUGAUUAUCUUUUCCAUCGCGCAACUGGUGACUUUGAAUGGUAAUACAUAAAGGUCUUGUACUGUAUUUUUCGCAAUGAUUUGCACUAUUUAAAAUAAAAUUUACGUUAAGAAUAUG